AUGGAUGUUUCUGUGAUAAUUCCUGUUAAAAAUGGAGAAAAAUUUCUGGAAGAAACAUUGGAUUCGAUUUUAAAGCAAUCUGCUAUUGAAAAGUCGUUGAAAAUUGAGGUAAGGUAAGUUUUCGCAAUCAAUAUUGAUGUUGUGUUUAGAUUUGUAUUUAUGAUGAUGGAAGUGAUGACAGAACUUAUGAUAUUUGCCAAAAAUAUUCGGAAAGGUCUGAUAUUCCGUUUGUAAUUGAAAGAGGCGAAACAUCGAAAGGUGUGGGAUUUGCCAAAAAUCAAGCUAUUUUUCUGUCUACCGGAAAAUAUUUAUGUUUCAAUGAUGCAGACGACAUAAGUGGAGUUGAAAGAAUCAGUGAACAAUUUGCUCUAGCUGAAAAGUUGAAUACAGAUUUUAUUUUUAUCGGGUGUAAUUUUGAUCGACUUCCUGAGGAUUCAACCAAAAGAUACACAUCUUGGGCUAAUUCAAUUCAAUCAAAUGAUGAAAUAAAAAAUCAAGUGUAUACUUCACACGGACCAACAAUUGUUGCACCAACAUGGUUCAUUUCGAGAAAAUUAUUCAAUUUUGUUGGAAAGUUUCAAGAUAUUCAGAAGACAGGUUAUCCCGAAGAUUUAGAAUUUUAUUAUCGUUGUCUUGAUAUUGCAAGCUGUGAAUUUUCAAAAGUGCCAAAAUCAUUAGUAACAUAUCGAUAUCAUAUGGAAUGCGCAAGUUUUGGUGUACACGAGAAUUCGAUUUGGAACCUACGAUUUUCACGUUUACGUGAGAAAUAUUUAAAGAAAUGGGAAUCAUUCACAAUAUGGAGUGUAGGAAAACAAGGAAAACGAUUUUUCAAGUGAGGAAAGCAUCAAAAUUUGAAUGUAAGAUUUGUUUUAGGUGUUUGAACGAAGAAGAAAAAUCAAAAGUUCGUGGUUUUUGUGAUAUUGAUAAUAACAAAAUAAAACGAGGAAUUCAUGAAGAAUUUGAUGAAAAAACUAGAAAAAUAACACAUCGAAUUCCAAUAAAUCAUAUAAGGUAUAUCGAUCAAAGUUUCUGUUUUUCAAUUUUAAAGUUUAAAUUCAGAGAUGCGAUUCCUCCUUUUGUUGUUUGCGUAAAAUUGGAUUUGACUGGCGGAGAUCUUGAAAAUAUUAUUGCAGAACAAAAAUGGAAAGAAAAUAUUGAUUUGGUUUAUUUUGGAUAG